AUGAUUGUUUCCCCUUUUAAUUAUCUUUUUUUUUACUUCUGUUCUUUUUCCUUUUUUUUAAUUCAUUCGAAACAUUCAAUUGUUUUUUUAUUCCGUCGUUCGGGGUUUUUUUUAAUUCUUAUUGUUUAUCAUCUAAUUUCCUCUUUUUUGCUUCUUAUCUUUCAAUUUAUCUUCACUCCUCUUUUUUUUCUUUCCUUCACUUUCUUUCCUUCUUUCGUCCUUUUCUCCUCACUUCUUUCUUCUGAUAUUUUUCCUAUUUUUCUUUUUUAUAUCUUUUUUUUCCUUCUUUAUAUUUCGUCUUUCUAUAAUUUUACUCCCGUUUUCCUCUUACUCACCUUCCUCCUCCUCCUCCUCCUCCUCAUCUUUUCCAUUGCUUUCUCUCUUUUGCCUUGUUUUUCAUCUUCUUUCUCUUUCUUCAUGUUUCUUCUUUUCGUGAUUUUCUUCUUCGUUUUUUUUCCCACUCUUCUUUUGCCUCUUAUUCUUCUUUCUCUUCUUUCUUUUCAUCUUCUGCUUUUUUUUCGUACUCUUCUUUUUCUUCUAAUUAUUCUUUACCUUUUUCUCUCUCUAAUUUGCUCUGCUUUUUUUUUCAUUUUUUUCUUUCUUUUGUCUUAUUUUUCUUCUUACUUCUCUUUCUUCACUUUUUUCUUUCUCUAA